AUGGCUUAUAAUACGAGUCGGAUAUCAGAUAUACAAGUACAGGUUGUCGAUUUCCAAUUUCUCGCGUUGUUUGGUAUAGAACAGAAUUUCAUAGCACCUCAGAUCAUUACUGCAGAAAUGAUACCUUCUGUCAAGUUCCUUGUAGUUUUUUGGGCUUUGUCACAAGCAACGGGACAACGCGAACAAAGCGUCCCUUUUCAUACAUCCAAAGAUUCAUGCAAUGUCAUCAAUGUUCAAUGUGGAAAAAGUCAGUUUGAUGAAACAAGUAAUGAAGAAGGUCAAUCACGUGGCCCGCAAGGCCCGCCAGGUAAACUUGGUCCCAGAGGUCCCCAUGGCUCAGGAGGAGACAAGGGUCAAAAAGGCGAGGUUGGAAUGAAAGGCGAGCCAGCACCUGAUGUGAGAUCCAGCUUCAUUACCGAUUUAAUGUUUGGAAUUCUUCGUGUGACGAGUUGUCGACAAUUGGAAACGGAAUUUGGUAUCACACAAUCUGGAUUUUACGUUAUGAAAUCACCGGAAUCCACACAAGCAAUGAAUAUGUAUUGCGACUUCCAUGUAUAUGAAGGUAUCACCACUUGCCAUCAUCUAAGAUUGAAAUACAAGGUAAGAAUGUCGGGAAUUUAUAAAAUAAGGAAAAACAGCGGAAGCAAUGUAUUGGACCUAUAUUGCAACCUAUCGUCGCCAAGAGGUUGGUUGAAACUAUGA